CUGAGUUCCAACCUGUACCGGUGGAGAUGUGUUCCACUUUUGCUUUUUGUUUCAGACAGCUGGAAGUUAAGAGAAAACUCAGAAGUUUCAAACUGUUCUCAACUUUGAAAGAUUGUUCUGAUUGGACUGGGAUAUUCCUAUUCCCCGGAUAGGAGCAAUUAAGAUGGAACCUUGGAGAAUGGACAUACCAGUGGACAAAACCCCUCCAGGUCAUCAGCCAUGUGCCCCUCCUGAUCCUUCAGUGCAGGCUCCGUAUGGCUGGCAACUAAACUAUAUGGAGGACGAAGAAAGUAGUGCACCUAUAAAUUGCCCUCAGCCAAUACCCAAUUCAUUCCAAUUUCACAGGAGCCCAAGUGUUGAUAGUCCAAUGAAUCCACCGCCAAAUUAUCAAAUGCCUUGCCCACCUUACCCACAAACAUACCUGGACUGUCAGCAACACCACAAUGAACGAGAGAUGGGCAGUCAUAGAGUAGACUAUGGGCAACAUCACACAGUGAGUCAGGGAACACUGACAUCAGCUGGUGCACCAAAUACUUGCUAUUCAAGACCUCAGAACCCUUCUGAUUGGCAACUUCCUUCAAGCCAAAUGUGCUGUGGACAAGAUCCUUUCAGUUUUCAGAGAAAACCUGAAUUUGAAUAUGGUGAAACGAUUGUACCAGGCAUACAACAGGAACUGGAUGCAGUGCAGACAUCACACACCAAAACUGCCCCAUAUCCAGUUAGUCCCAAGCAAGUGUUGUAUCCAGAUCCAUUUAAUCCUGUUCCUACUAUGCCAACUCCAUUGUCACCUUCCUUGGGGAAAAACAGUGCUUUGAUGAGUCCUGAUUGGUCCUCAUUCGAUCAGCCAAUAAUACCCAUUACAUCAGAGCCCUGCCAAUCUCCACCUGAUCCACAUCACUUGAACUGUGAUCCAAGAUCUACCCCACAGGUUCAAGAUGCCAUUCCACCUGACACUUAUUCACCCAGCCAUUCUCAUCCAACUUUUAAAAUGAGCCCAAGUAAAGAAUCAGAACAACAUGUACCAACAGAAAUUAUGACCGAUCAGUUCAUACAGACAGCAAACACUGAAGAUGAUUCCAGCUCCCUGAACUCGUCGCAGUUACCAAUUGGUUUUGAGGCACUGGGACAUUCCAGUACAAAUGUUAUUAACCAGUAUUCGGACUCCCCAUCAGUCUCAGAUCCACCAAAUAGUUACAAAACAGAAAGUACUUUGAAUCAAUUGUCACAACCUUUGCCACCAGCCUCUUCAAUGAAUUUUCCUCAACCAGAUGUUCAGGUGGAGCCGUCGGUCUCAGACUUUCCCAUCUCUGACUACCAACUCCCAUCGCGACUUAGCAAAAGCACCUUUUCUACUUCUUUUGAUUCGAAACGUGAGCUACUACCUUUGGAGUGUCACCAGGUGAAUUUGAUACAUAAACCUGAGGGGAGCAAUGAGGAGUUUGCCACCUUCUGCGACUUCUUAAAACAACUGAGAGCUAAACACCCGAGUUCUGAGAUACAGUCCAACUCCGGUCUGAUCGCCAGUGUCGUCACAGCUUUUCCCGAGGAGCUUCUCUGGGUCUGGCGUAUCCCUGUCACCAUUGUGUCAGAUGUUUUUACAGAGCCAAUGCAAGGAUUCCCAUACGCUGGUUCUACAGUUGAGGAACUCAUUCAUACGACCCUGUGCAACGCACAACAAAGUUCCAAGGCCAAUAAUGAUUUUGUUUUAAAGCUCUGUGAUGCUGAAGAAGUUUUGCAGAAUCCCUGUACUUUAGGGAGUCAUGAGUGUCUACAGUAUUACCUGAAGCUUGGAAAAGACAUUAAGCUACAGCUACUUAGACACAGCAAUCUUCAACGAGUGUUGGCUCGAAUUAACUUGGAUGACCAGGGUCUCUCUGCAUUUCAGUCUUUUGCCAUGGAAACUGGUGUCUGGAAAGUAAGCCUAUCCAGGAAAGUUCUGAGUUCAAAACUGAACAGUUAUAAUGAUGAGGUGAAGAGUUUAUUAUCCAGUCAGAAAAGUACAUGUCGCAUUGUUGAGGAAGUUAAAGCCAUUUGCUACAUGCUUUGUUCAGUGGAAACCAAGGAAAUAACUGACGCCAUCCGGGACCUGAAUUCGGUUGUCCUACAACAGCAACAGACUUCAUUGCAUUCUGUACAUUUGUCCAAGCAUCAAGGUUUGCUCACCGAAGCGAUCAAUGCAUUGACUGCUGCCAUCUCCCACCUUAUACACACCUACUGCAACAACUUUGACACUGAUUACCAAGUCGUUGAUAUUGGUGCCACAGAAGCUGUUUCAGUGGCUCAGGCACAGCUGAUCACUACAGGUUUCAGCUUCAAUAUUUAUGCUGUGCACGGAAUCCCCAGUGCCUGGGCUAGGAGCUAUGAGAACUUGUUUGUGUCUUGUUCAUUAAAAUACGGAGGUAAGAAAUUGUGUCCAGAGGUUAAAACGGAGGAAAUUUCCAUCACAAAACCUUCCCUUUACCACUUGGCCAGAUGGAACCAAAGAAUAUGCAUGCCCAUCGAGAUUAGACAAUUGCCCUGCGAGACAACACUUAGCCUAGUGUUGCAUGGAUACCGUACUGCCACUGGCAACCAUUCUGAUGCCAACAAGCUCUCCAAAAAUGUUGAAACCUUAGCAAAUGCAUCCAUGGCUCUCUACAGCUCUCAACAAGUAUUGGUCCGUAGUACAAAACUGUUGUGUCUUAUCCCAGCUGAAGCCAGCCAAGCAGACACUUUAAUCUUACAGAUAGAUUUCCCAGACACUCACCUAGUCAAGUUUUCUCGGCCUGUUCCUGCAGCAUGCAGCCAGUAUGUCAAUGAUAUAGAUGAGGUGUCCAGAAAACAGAUUGCAGACAUCCAGCAAAAACAUUCCUUACUUUUGAUUGAAGAAGAUGAGAAAAACUUGCUCUGGGCAAAACGUUCAUUCUGUAACAGCUCAAACUGCUUCCUUCCUCUCUUACUGGGCAGCGGGCUCAGCAGGGACUUGGCUUCUCUGCCUGAGAUCUAUGCAGUGCUUAAGAGGUGGAGCUUUUCAGAAAACCCUUUGGAUUUACUGGGACUUCUACUUUCAAGUUUUUCAGAUCAAGAGCUUCGUCGGGCUGCAGUCCAGCAGAUUGGAACCAUUCUCAAUGACGAAUUGUUAGAUUAUCUGCCACAGUUGGUUCAGGCAAUAAAAUAUGAAUGGCACCUUAGUAGCCCACUUGUGGAAUUCUUACUGGAUCGUUCUAUCAGGAGUAUACGAGUGGCUCAUCAGUUGUAUUGGUUACUGAAGGAUGGCUUGUCCGAGUCUCAGUUCAAGGGCAGGUACAGUCAGCUGUUAGCAGCUAUGCUCUGCUGUUCAGGGCAGGCCAUGCAAGAAGAAUUUGACAAAGAAACCAAGCUCAUUGAAAAGCUGGCAGAGGUAGCUCUGAAAGUCUGGGCAGCUGACCAGUCAAAGCGCUCGACCGUAUUAGCAAAAGAGUUUGAAGAAAUAGAGAAAUUCUUCUAUGAGGUGCAUGCUUGUCGUCUGCCAUUGAAUCCUGCAUUUGUAGUGAAAGGCAUUGACAUUAGUGCUUGUUCAUAUUUCACAUCAAAUGCUGUUCCUUUGAAAAUUUCUUUCAUCAAUGCCAACGCUUUGGGAGAAAAUAUCAAUGUGAUAUUCAAGGCAGGAGACGACCUCCGACAGGACAUGUUGGUUCUGCAGAUAGUGAAGUUAAUGGACUGGAUCUGGUGCCAGGAGGUGAAUAUGAGCAUGAUCAUCUAUAGGUGCAUAUCAACAGGAAAGAGGAGAGGAAUGGUGGAGAUGAUACCUGGUGCUACGACCCUUGCCAAGAUCCACAUGCAACACGGCAUUACUGGGCCAUUCAAGGAAGACACACUUUCAAAAUGGUUCCAGGAAAACAACGCUACUGAGGAGCUACACAAGAAAGCUAUGGAAAACUUCAUCAACUCCUGUGCUGGCUGGUGUGUUGCUACUUUCGUGCUGGGUAUCUGUGAUCGUCACAAUGACAACAUCAUGCUGAAAACCACAGGCCAUAUGUUCCAUAUAGACUUUGGGAAGUUUUUGGGGCACGCUCAGAUGAUUGGAAACAUGAAGAGGGAUCGUGCUCCUUUUAUAUUUACUGCUGAAAUGGAGCACUUCAUCAUAGAAGGUGGAAAAAAUGGGGUUCGAUUCCAGAAGUUCGUGGACCUGAGCUGUCAGGCUUAUAACAUCAUCCGUCAACACACUCAGCUCCUGCUGAAUCUGCUCGAGCUGAUGCUGUCAGCUGGACUUCCUGAGCUGUCUGAGGUUCAGGACCUGAAGUAUGUUUACAAUAAUUUGCGGCCGAUGGACUCUGAUGCACAAGCCACCUCGUACUUCACAAGCCUAAUAAAAGAAAGUCUGAAAAGUCUACCAGUGAAAAUUAAUUUUUUCGUCCAUAUCCUGGCACAGAAGAAAUUUGCAGGUACAAAUGUCCAGUCAAGUCUAUCCUUUGCACCAGAAACAUACACAUUACAGACAGAUGGUCUCAUCAGGACUGCGUUGGUGUGUGGUUUUGAGAAGAAAAUAGCCCCUCAUAAGGAUUAUUUUUACAAGAUACAGGUGGAACGAGAAGGGCACAGCGAGGCGACCUUCAUUGAAAGAAGUUACAACCAGUUUGGUGAACUCAACAAACAACUUCACUGCUGCUUUCCAGCAUCAGAGUUACCAAGAUUUCCUUACAAGCCUCUGAUAGGAUUGUCUAAGGGGAGGGAAUUGGCAAGGAAAAGAAAGGAUGAACUGAAUGCAUAUGUGCGAUAUUUACUGAAUGGAUUACCUCAUGUUGCAAAGAGUGAUCUUGUCUAUACGUUUUUUCAUUGUUUUCCAAACAAUGAAAGACCUUCUGUGUCACCUUCAUCAGAGGCUGUCUUUCACGCUGGGAAGUUGUCAGCAAGCACGCAGCUCCGAAUCUCCUGGGAGAACUGCAAGCUGUCUGUGAUGGUGAAGCACAUCAGAAACAUUUUUUUACCAGAUGGUUCUGCACCAGAUGCUUAUGUGAAGGUCUAUCUCCUACCAGAUGCAGAGCGAGUGACGAAAAGGAAAACAAACGUGGUUCCAAAAACCAGCAAUCCAACAUAUAAUCAGAUUCUGGAGUAUGAUGGGAUUUCAAGCAGUGAGCUACCAAACCGGGUCAUCCAACUGAGUGUAUGGUGCAGGCAGAGUCUGCUGGGAGCAGUAAACAUUCCUCUCAGGGAUGUAAAGAUGGAAGAGGAGAAGUGGUACAACCUGGGAAAUUGCUUAAUCUGACUGCACGCAUGCAGGAAGGGGAUAAGGCGAGCAGAUGCCAGACACAGGACCUCCUCUAUUGAAAGUCUGUUCACAUCAUUCUUCAAGCCUUCUUCUACUUGAUGUUUUCUUCUGUGUUUGAUGGUGAUUGCCACCUUAGAACAUUUAAGGGAAGCUUCUGAUACAAUAUAAAUAGUUGUAUAUCAGCUGUGCAUCUGUUAGCAGAUCUAAAUUUUAGCCUGUGGUAAUCUUGUGUGAAGCUGAACAUAAAGCUUUACUUAAUUACUGAUUUUCAACUAAGAUUUUCAAAGAGGUAAAGAAUUCUCCAUCGCUUUUUUUUCAACCCACUGAAAGCAUUAAGCUUUUUAGCGAAGUGUCAUAGCUCCAUGAAGUUCUUAUCUGAGGUCUACACAAUAAAGGGUUCAAAACUUUCUGUGAAUACUUUAGUGUUCGGUGGUGUGUACUUUUAAAUUACUUGGUGGGGGUGGGUUAAUUUUGACUGUACGUAGUUAUAGCCCUUCAGCAGCUGAUGCUUUUUUUGUACUGGACUGCUGCCACAAAAGGACAAAUUUCACGUCAUAUGUCAGUGAUGAUAAAUCUGAUUCAGAUUCUGAUGACGUCUCUUGUGGUUCUCACUUUAUUCAUUUGACUUCAAUGUGGAUAAUUAGUGGAUACGUUCAAUGGGGAGCCAAUGCAUCCAACAUCUCACUCCUCGCCACUUCUGCCAUCUACAAUGGGAUCCCACCACCAGGCACAUCUUCCCCUCCCUUCUGCUUUCUGCAGGGAUCACCCUCUCCGUGACUCCCUCUUCUGCUCAUCGCCCCCACCGACCCCCCCCCCCUCCCUCCCUCCCUCCCCAGGCACUCGCCUCUGCAACUGCGCUAAGUGUCACACCUCCUCCCUCUCCACCAUCCAGGGCCCUAAACAGCCCUUUCCAGACGAGGCAGUCUUUCACAUGGGAAUCCCUUGGUGUUACUUAUUGCAUCUGAUGCUCCUGGUGCAGCCUCCUCUACAUCAGUGGGACAUGGAAUGGAUUGGGGGACCGCUUCGCCGAGCACCUUUGCUCCAUCCACCGCACCAGCCGGGAUCUCCCAGGAGCCAGCCAUUUUAAUUCCACUCCCCAUUCCCACACCGACAUGCGUGUCCAUGGCCUCUUCCACUGCCAGGUCGAGGCUAAACGCAAAUUAGAGGAACAGCACCUCAUAUUCUGCCUUUGUUGUCUGCAACCUGAGAGCAUGAACAUUGAAUUCUCUAACUUCUAGUAACUGCUGCCCCUCUGUCCCUUUUUCCCUUUUUUCUCUUUUCUCUUUCUCCCUAAGCCACCAGUCCCCAUCACCCUACUUUUCUCCCCUCCCCCGCCCUCUCUAUCUGCCCAUCACGCACGCAGUCCUCCCACUGGUUCCCCUCCCCACCUCCCUCCCUUUAUUCCAGGCUCCACCAUCCUCUCCUAUCAGAUUCCAUCAUCUUCAGCCCAACAGCCAGGACCUCCCGGUGGCCACGCACUUCAAUUCCACAUCCCGCUCCCAUACUGUCGUGUCUAUCCAUGUUGGAGAUGCAGGUAUCCAAUGUAGAUCCAUCUACUGUGUUGAGGCCAGACACAGGUUGGAGGAGGCACAUCUCAUAUUCCGCCUUAGGAGUGUCCAACCUGAUGGCCUCAACAUUGAUUUCUCUAACUUCCAGUAACCCCCAACCCUUCUUUUUCUUCCCCUCCAUUCCUUUGUCUUCCCUUAUUCCUGUGGUGCCCUUCCCCUGCCUUGAUGACCUGCCCAUCUCCUCUCCUCCCCUCCUCCAUCCUUUAUCCCAUGGUCCACUGCCUUCUCCUACCGGAUUCCUUCUUCUUCAGCCCUUUGCCUUUUCCACUCAUCACCUCUCAGCUUAUUACAUCUUCACCCCCUCCCCCACCCACCUACCUUCCCCUUGUCACCUGGACUCGCCUAUCAUCUGAACUCACCUAUCCCCUGCCUGCGUGCGCUCCUCCCCCUCCCCCACCUUCUUAUUCUGGCUUCUGCCCUCUUCCUUUCCAGUCCUGAUGAAGGGUCUCGGCUCGAAAUGUCAACUGUUUAUUUCCCUCCACAGAUGCUGCCUGACCUGCUGAGUUCCUCCAGCACUUUUUGUGUAUUGCUCCAGAUUCCAGCAUCCGCAGAAUUUCUUGUAUCUUCAGCCCUUUGUCACUUCCACCGAUCACCACCCAGCUUCUGACAUCAUUCCCACUCUCCCCCCUCCCUCAUCUGACUAUCAAACCCCCCCCCACCUCACCUGGAUCCACCUAUCACCUGCCAGCUCUUGCUCCACCCCUUCCCCCACCUCUUUCUUCCCCCACCACUGGCUAUCUCCCCUCUUUAUUUCAAUCCAGAUGAAGGGUCUCGACCCAAAACAUCGACCAUCCAUUUCCCUCCACAGAUGCUGCCUGACCCGUUAAGUUCCUCCAGCGCUUUGUGUGUUGCUCCAGAUUCCAGCAUCUGUAGUCUCUCAUGUUGCCCAUAUGCUACCACCAAUUUCAUACCAGGACACAGCCAAAACGGAAGUGGUGGGGUACUUAAAUUACAUUUGACAUUAAGCAUUAGAUUUUGAUAUCAAGAUCAAGGGUCAUCCACUACACGUUUGUAAAUGUAGAUCAGGAAGAUUUUAAUCUCUUGAUUGAGGAUGCAUCACGGCUUGGUAUGGCAACUGCUCUGCCCAGGACCACAAGAAACUGCAGAGAAUCGUGGACACAGCCCAGUGCAUCACGGAAACCAACCUUUCCUCCAUGUACUUUUCCUCCCGCUGCCUUGGUGAAGCAGCCAGCAUAAUCAAAGACCCCAACCACCCAGGUCAUUCUCUCUUCUCCUCUCUCCUAUCAGGCAGAGGAUACAGGAGCCUGAGGGCACAUACCACCAGACUCAAGGACAGCUUCUAUUCCCACUGUGAUAAGACUAUUGAACAGUUCCCUUAUAUGAUGAGAUGGACUCUUGACCUCACAAUCUACCUUGUUAUGACCUUGCACCUUAUUGUCUACCUGCAAUGAACUUCCCUGUAGCUGUGACACUUUACUCUGUAUUCUGUUAUUGUUUUUACCCGUACUACCUCAAUGCACUGUGUAAUGAAUUGAUCUGUACGAAUGGUAUGCAAGACAAGUUUUUCGCUAUACCUCGGUACAAGUGACAAUAAUAAACCAAUACCAAUACCAAUUUUUGUUUUCAGUUAACCCUGCUCUGCUGUAACCUGAGAGUGUGAAAGAUAACAUUGUGCAGUUUCUUUUUGUGUCAGGACAUGAACUGCCUUGUCUUCUCUCCAAUAGCAUUGGUCACCCAA